AUGAGGAAAGAUAUGAGAAAAAUACGGAAAAAGAAUAACAGCUGCUCCUUAACACUUCGAGAUCCUAUUAUCUUUUCACCAUGGAUUGACAAGAAUAAAUGCCCUGGGUCCCAGGCAGAAGAGGAUCUUGUGGAAUUGGCAAUCAGGGACUUCAUUCAAAUGCAUAAGGAGGUGGAGGAAGAAGAACCCACGGGAUAUAUACAACUUGAAAAGUUCCUUCCUAUGAUGACUAGAGUGUUAUUAGAAAGGAAAUACAGACCCCAACCGGAGGAUGUUAUUUUGCGAGCAUUUGAGGUGUUAGAUCAAACUAAAAAAGGAUAUCUUACCCAAGAGGAACUUACAAAGUAUUUGACUGAGGAAGGGGAGCCAUUUACACAAGAGGAGAUGGAAGAGAUGCUAUCAGCUGCUGUGGAUCCAGAAAAGAAUGUCAUCUUCUAUAAAGAUUUUGCAGCGAUGAUGACGAUUGAAGACACCUAACUAUGCUAUUAGAAAAAUCUUCGGAAAAAUUCAAAGGCAAACCUCCUACCUACUCAAACUUAGCAAGAUUUCAAAUAAAUGGAUGCAGGGCAUUUAUUUUAAAAUUGGAGCUGAUCUACUUGGACAAAAAUAAACCUUGAUUCAAAAGGGAGUACAAAAAUAUGUCUAAAAUAUUUUUAAAAGUUUUUAU